AUGUUGGCAGGGGACACUGUACCGCAACGCCAGCUGUUGCUGCUGCAGCAGCAGCAGCAGCAGCAACAGCAGCAGCAGCAGCAGCCGAUGAGAAGGGAGCGGCUUCAGCCCCGCUACCCCUGCGCAGCGGCUCCGCCGACAUUUCUGACGGACGUUGAGGACAGCAGCAGCAACUGCAGCAGCAGCUGCAGCAGCAGAAGAGCCAGCGCAGCAACAGCUGCAGCACCAGCUGCUGCUGCUGCGCAGCAGCAGCAGCAGCAGCAGUGGUGUCAGUUGCCUUCUCGCUGCCGCUUACUAGCUUACCUGCAGUCUUUGGGGCUGCGUCUCACCAAGUACCGCGCAGCAGCAGCAGCAGCAGCAGCAGCAGCAAGGGCUUCUGGAUUCAGGGAGAAGCAAAACAGCGGCUGGCCAAGCAGCAGCAGCUGCUGCAGUGACGGCAGCGGCUUCUGCAGCAGACGCAGCAGCAGCAGCAGCAACAGCAGCGACGGGCAGGGUUUGGAGAGAAGGAGCUGCAGAAGCAGCAGCAGCAACUUCAGCAGCUGCAGCAGCAACAGCAGCAGCAAUGGCUUGCUGAGGCGGCUGCUGCAACAGCUCUCGUGGCGCCGCAGCUCUACUGUAGCAGCAGCAGCAGCAGCAGCAGCAGAUAAGGAGUGCAGCAGAAGCAGCAGCAGCAACAGCCUGUACGAAUCCACGAAGGACUUUGAUGGCAGCAGCCGCUGCUCCUCCAGUGCAGCAACUAACGAGCAGCAGCAGCAGCAGCAGCAGCAGCAGCAGCAAUUUGCUGAACAGGGGCUUGACUUCCCCACGCUCCCCUGCCACUACAGAACAGCAGCAAAAGCUUCGGACCCAGAGGAUCCUUUCUCUGCGGCAGCAGCAGCAGCAGCAGCAGCAACAGCAGCAGCAGCAGCAACAGCAGCAGCAGCAGCUGCCGGCAACGCAGCGAAGGGGUGCGAGAUGGCUGCCACAGCUGCUGAGCUGCUGCCCCUUGGUCAGCGCUGCGGGCCAACUGCUGCAGCAGCAGCAGAACUGUGCGGCGCGGUGCCGCUGAGCGUGUGGCGGGGCGCCUGCUUGCUGCUGCUGGCUGCUUUGCUGCCUUUGCUGCUGCGGACUGCAGCAGGUUUGGUGUUUGUGUGUCUGCUGCUGUGCUGCUGCUGCCUGUUGUUGGCGCUGCUGCAGCAGCAGCAGCAGCUGCUGCUGCAGCAGGGGCUGCGGGCGUGGCUGCCGCAGCAGCUGCGCCGCUUCCUCGAGCAGCAGCGGCUGCUAGACGCCCUCCGGCAGCUGCUGCUGUCGGGAGCAGCAGCAUUUUAUCUUUCUCGUGUCUUUUGUCUUUCUUUAGCAGCACCAACAGCAAAAGAAACUUUCGCGCUGCUCGAAGGCAUGCAUCCUGCUGCUGCUGCGCUGCUGCUGCAGCGGGGGCCUGCCCGCGCGCUGCCCCCGGCCCUCAGGAGGCUCUACUUUGGCCAGCAGCAGCAGCAGCAGCAGCAGCAGCAGCAGCAGCAGCAGCAGCAGCAGCAGCAGGAGUCGCGGCUGCAGCUGCAGGCGCAGGGGCUGACGACGCUGCAGCUGCAGCGCGAGGGCAAGGAGGACCCCAAGCAGCAGCAGCAGCAGCAGCAGCAGCAGCAGCAGGAGCAGCAGCAGCAGCAGCAGCAGCAGCAGCAGCAGGAGUGGCUGCUGCCUCUUGAGCCCCACUGCCCAGAAGAAGAGGUCCCGCAGCAGCUGCUGCUGUCUGCUGCUGACCCGCCGUGGGUCCGCGUGGCGAACCCGCUGCCGCCUGCUGCAGCAGCAGCAGCAGCAGCAGCAGCAGCAGCAGUUUUUUACCAAGACAAAGGAGAGCCAACGGAGUUCGAAAAACAAACAGCUUCUAUUGUCCUUUCCAUUGGCAAAAGAGUUGCGCAGGAGCAUGCAACUGCUACCGCUGCUGCUGCUGCUGCUGCUGCUACUGCUGCUGCUGCUGCUGCUGCUGCUGCUGCAGGCCCCCGCAAGCUGAUGUAUCCCGCUGCUUGGCCUUUGCUGCUGCGGAUGUCUCUAGCCCGUUUGCUGUUUGGGCCCCAAGUUGAAGCAUGCAUGCACAAGAAUGGCCGCGUGGCGCGGCGGCUGCAUGCUCUUCCUGCUGCUUUGCUGCUAGUGCUGCUGUACGUACAGCUGCUGCAGCCAGAGUCAAAGUGGCUGCAGCAGCAGCUGCGGCGCCUGCUCCACAGAAAGCAGCUGCAGCAGCAGCAGCAGCAGCCUGUGGCAGUGAACAGCAGCAGCAGCAGCAGCAGCAGCAGCAGCAGCAGCAGCAGCAAGCGCGACCGGAAGGGCAUGAGGCUUUCAUACGUAAUAGAGGGCCGCACUUACCCGGCAGCAGCAGCAGCUGCUGCUGCCACAGCAGCUGGCGCCGAUGCUGCUGCUGCGCCUGCUGCUGCUGCUGCACCUGAUGCUGUUGCUGCUGCUGCUGCUGCUCCUCGCCAAGAUCCCCAUCUGCUGGCCUGCUUGAAGCUGCUGCAGCUGUUUCUGCUGCGGCACUUUGUGCCAUUUGCUGCUUCCGAGCUGCAGUGCGAUUGA